AUGCCGCUGCUUCACCAAAAAUCAGCAUUUUUCACCUGCAAAAAAGCAGAGGGUGCCACCGAGAGAAGCCGGUUUUAUGAGAAGGUCCAGGCACUGCACCAAGACCCCAAGGCCUCGGUGGACAACCCCUUGCUGGCCUUCAGCCUCAUCAAGCGUCUCCACUCCGACUGGCCCAACGUCAUCUACAGCAACGAGGCCACCGAGAACAUCCAGGCGCUCCAUGCCGACUUCAAGGAGGUGGAGCAGGAGCUGCCUGGAGCUGAGGACCUGGACGGGGCUGCCCGGGCACUGAUGCGGCUGCAGGAUGUCUACGCACUCAGUGUCAAGGGCAUGGCCAACGGCGUCUUCCAGCGAGCCGGCGCCGGCCGCCCGCCCCUCUACAGCCCUGGCCGGCGCAUCUCCCUCUCCGCCGAUGACUGCUUCCACGUGGGCAAGGUGAGGGCGAACCCCGACAGCCUCCUACAAAGCUUUUCCAGGAGGAUGAGAAGGGGACGGGAUGGGAUGGGAUGGGAUGGGAUGGGAUGGGACAGGGUCACGGGCGACUACUACCACUCCAUCGCGUGGCUGGAGGAGGCCGUCAGCCUCUUCCGCCUCUCCUAUGGCAACUGGAACCCCGAGGACCGGAGCAGCCUGGAGGAUGCUCUGGACCAUCUUGCCUUCUCCUACUUCAUGGCUGGAAACAUCUCCCAUGCCUUGAGCCUCUCCAGGGAGUUUCUCCACUAUGACCCCAGUAACCAAAGGGUGGUGAGGAACGUGGCCAAGUACGAGAAGCUGCUGGAGAUGGGGACGGCGGUGAGCACCGGACCCCUGCGACGCCCCAACGGCACCCACCUGCAGAGCCGCGACGCCUACGAGGAGCUGUGCCAGCGCCCGGCGGGGCAGCCAGCCCCAGAGCAUCUCCCACAACUUGGCUGCUCCUACGAGACCAACGGCAGCCCCUACCUCCUUCUCCAGCCUGCCAAGAAGGAGAUGGUCCGGAUCCGACCCUACGUGGCUUUGUACCACGAUUUCAUCAGCGACACCGAGGCUGAGACCAUCAAGGGGUUGGCAGGGCCCUGGCUGCAGAGGUCCGUGGUCGCCUCUGGAGAGAAGCAGCAGAAAGCCGAGUACCGGAUAAGCAAGAGCGCCUGGCUGAAGGACACUGCUGACCCGGUGGUGCGGGCGUUGGAGCAGCGCAUCGCUGCCGUCACCGGCCUGGACCUGCGGCCACCCUACGCCGAGUACCUGCAGGUGGUCAACUAUGGGUUGGGAGGCCACUACGAGCCACACUUCGACCACGCCACGUCCAGGAAGAGCCCCCUUUACAGAAUGAAGUCGGGCAACAGGAUCGCCACGGUCAUGAUCUACCUGAGUGCGGUGGAGGCCGGCGGCUCCACCGCCUUCGUCUAUGCCAACUUCAGCGUGCCCGUGGUUAAGAACGCAGCUCUCUUCUGGUGGAACCUGCGGAGGAACGGGGACGGUGACGGGGACACCCUGCACGCUGGCUGCCCCGUCCUGGCGGGGGACAAGUGGGUGGCGAAUAAGUGGAUCCACGAGCACGGGCAGGAGUUUCGGCGGCCGUGCAGCACAGACCCACGAGACUGA